AACAGUUUUAAUUAAUAGAAAAAUUGCAUUGCAUUUCUUUCUAAAGAUGCCCUUCUGUAGUGCAUGUGUAAAGGGAGAUGUUUGGGAUGAAGACAUUAAGUUAUAAAGUUUAAUUAGAGACUAUGUUUGAGAGACAGAGCAUUAAGAGUAAACAUCUGCACAAUCUGAAAAUAAAAUCUGCAAUAAUGUGGUUAAUACUGUACAUGGUGAAGUCUUGAUUCUGAUUGGUCAAAAGGUUGAGCUGUGAUUAUUUUUUAUGGAAGGAGUCUCCAGUGUCAGCAACAUUGUAACAGUGGCAGGUAAAAGGUUUAGUCUCUGGAUUACUCCUGGGAAGGUUGGGGUUCAAGCCCCAGCACUAGGGAUGGUAAGAUUCACAGAUUUGCAGAUAAAUGUGAAUGAUAUGAUGCAUCUAUUAAAAAAAAUGUGCAUUGGAAAUCAAUUUUGCAUCUGUAAAAAAUCCCAUUGAUUUAUAUAUAAUUAAUUGUAGAUGUGCUAUACGUUUAUUAUGAAGAGUAUUACAAUUUGUGACCAAUAAUUUAUAUCGAUUUCUUAAGCUCAUUCUCUCAGCACUGCUACUACUUGAAUACGAUUGAUCACAAGAUACAGAUUAACAUGGCAGAGGUAGAGCUGCAUCUUCCAGUAGACAGAACAGUAAAAGUCUGGUUUUAUUUCAUCUUUUGAUUGUAUUUUUGUUUUGCGCUACAAAGGCCUAUUUGUAAAAGGGGCUGUGUGUUAGAAAUUGGAAGAAAACGAAGUAAAUUGACGAUUUGCUGUCUGUCUGAACCAAAGCAAACUAUUUGUACCAUAUUGAAUUUGCGUAACAUCGUAUUUUUUGCAUUGCAUUAUAUUGCAUUGAAUUGAAUCGAAAUCAGAUCGAGCUGCAUUGUAAUAGGGGUGAAUCAUAUCGUAUAGCAUGAAUCGCAUUGCCCUCGGUUAUGGACAUGGACAUCCCUACCCAGCACUGCCAUGCUGCACCUGUUGGGCCCUCAAGCAGGGCUCUUAACCCUCUCUAGGUGCUGUAACAUGUAAAGUAAAAUCCUCUCUUUUUUCCACCAAAAUAAAGUCUUCAGAACAGAAAUGUUUCCACUUUCCAAUUAACAUCACCAAUUUAACAAGAUUACCAUCUUACAGACAUCAGAUAAAGGCCUGUUUAUCUCUGCUACAAUAUUUGACAAUGCCGCAAACAAAAGGAAAAGAAGAAGAACGCCUGGCAGGCAAGCAUUGUGGGACCGAGACACAGUGGUGGAGAGUGUGAGAAGAUGAAGGCGGAUCUGGAGGCUUCUGACUUGGAGAGCUGCAGUCCGGCGAUUCAGUGCCGGAAUGUGUGUCGUUCCUACGGCAAGCUGCGAGUCCUCAGCAACCUCAACCUGACUGUACCUCAGGGCCAGAUUUAUGGCUUGCUUGGCCCGAGUGGUUGUGGGAAGACCACUCUGCUGAAGUGCAUCGUGGGAACUCUGAAGAUCUCUCGAGGUAACAUUAAUGUCCUCGGGAAGCCGCCGGCAUUUCCCGGACACGAGGUGCCUGGAAAAAUGGUGGGAUACAUGCCACAGGACCUAGCUUUAUAUAAUGAGUUUACCAUCAGCGAUACACUCUGGUUCUUUGGUCGAAUCCACGGCCUCUCAUCCAAAGAGACGCGGGACAGAAUGAAGUUCCUCAUUGAAUUUCUGGACUUGCCGCAGAAGAAUAGACUCGUCAGAAACCUCAGUGGGGGUCAGCGCCGUCGCGUUUCCCUCGGCGCUGCUCUUCUUCAGAACCCGCGUCUCCUCAUCCUCGAUGAGCCCACAGUAGGAGUGGAUCCUGUCCUCAGAGCCAAAAUAUGGCAGCACCUUGUGGAGAUUGUGAAAGGUGGAGAAGUGUCUGUCAUCAUCACUACACACUACAUAGAGGAGGCCAGACAAGCCAACAUGGUGGGGUUAAUGAGGAACGGAAGGCUGCUAGCCGAAGCUAAUCCAGAGGUGAUAAUGAAGCAGCACAAUGCAGCGACCCUGGAGAGUGCUUUUCUACAGCUUUGUGAGGACUCGGACCAAGUGGGCACUCAGGAAAGUUCUCAGGCUUCUGUGCACAGCAACAGUUUGUCUCCAGGCAGCAUUAAGGACGACUGCCGAGAGCCUAUUUUAGGGAAGGACGAAUCGGCAGCUUUGGAAAUUCCCAAACCUACAGCGGACUGGAAGGUGAGAGCACGGCACUUCUUUCCAAAAUGCAGAAAUAUCCUAGCACUGACGAUCAAGACAAUGGUGCGAAUGAGGAGAAAUCCAGGCUCACUGUGUUUUCAGUUCGUCUUGCCCGUGAUUCAGAUCAGCCUGAUGUGUUUGUGUAUCGGCGGUGAUCCCAAGGACAUCCAGGUGGCUGUGGUCAACAAUGAAACCAGCUCAAGCUCCUACAGCCGCACUCUCCUUGCGUUCCUCGACAACACCAGCAUUCACCAGGUGAGCCUCUCCCAUACUGCUGCGUUUGAAGGAAUCCAUAACGGGGAGUACUGGGGUGUCAUCGAGUUUGGUGAGAACUUCACCUCUUACUUGACCAGGAGGAUGUUGCAGCCGAAAGUCUCCAGAGACAUCGUCGAUGGGGGGUCUGUGCAUGUCUGGCUCGACUUGACGAAUCGACAGAUAGGAAUAAUGCUGCAAAAGAAGCUGCAAGAAGCAUUUCAGACUUUUGUUGAAAGUAAGAUGGGCAGUCAAGCUUACCUUGUGUCUGUUCCAGUUAAGUUCGAGGAGCCGAUAUACGGGAGUCAGAACACUACAUUCACUACAUUUGUGACUCCAGGAGCUGUUUUGAGCAUCACAUUUUACCUGGCGGUGGGUCUCACUGCUCUGUCCUUCGUCUUGGAGAGGAAAGAGGGACUGUUGGACAGGUGCUGGGUGGCAGGCGUGAGUUCUCUAGAGACCAUGCUGGCUCAUCUCUUCUCUCAACUGCUGGUCAUCAGUGUCCAGAUCACCUUGCUUUUGCUCUUUAUCCUGCUCGUCUUUAAGAUUCCCAACGAAGGCUCCCUGGGCCUUGUCAUUUGCCUGAUUGUUCUUCAGGGUGUGACUGGAAUUUCCUUCGGCUUGGUCAUUUCUUCUGCUAUUGAUGACGAGCAAUCAGCCAAUCAGGCGGCUCUCGGCAUCUUCUACCCCAACCUUAUCAUCAGCGGUGUCAUUUGGCCUGUGGAGUGUAUUCCCUAUCCCCUGAGAUACCUGAGUCUACUGCUGCCCCAGACGUACGCAUCUGAAGCCCUGCGAUGCAUUAUGUACCGAGGAUGGGGCCUGUCGCGCAUGAUGGUGUGGCGCGGCUUUGCCGUCACUCUCGGCUGGAACACGUUCUUCCUCAUGCUGGCUACCAUCAUCCUCAAGCUGAGAACAUGAGGGAUGCAUAGUACUUGAAGGUGCUUCAGGUUAUGGAGAGAGACAUCAGGUGACACAAAGGCUUCAUGAUGAAGACCAGGCCUCUGGUCUUAUGAUCACAUGGUUUUUGCGGGGUCUUAAAAAGUAAAAAAUAAAUCUAAAUCUUAAAAAGUCUUAAAUUCGCAGUUGUAGGUCCUAAUAAUUUUAAACAGAUCUCAAUUUUCUGAUGUCUAUGUAUCGCUACCUCCUAAUGCUCAUUGAAAUGCAUUCGUAGCCAUUUAGAAUGGGUUUGUUUGUUAGUUUCUGUGGUGUUGUAGUUCUUACGUUAGGCCAAAUAUUAUUUGCUGUAUUACAACUACAAAUGAGACCAACAUGCAACAGCCAAUCAGUUUUCUAUUUCUGGUGCAUCUCCCUUAUGAAUUGUACCACAGAUCUAAAACGGAUUUUAUAUUUAUGCUUUGGGAAAUUGCAAGUUCAUCGAUACUUAGCUUGAAAAAAAAUGUAUUUAGGGCUCGUUAAAGGCCAAUUGCUAACAGUGUAUUUGCGUGUUUUUGAUGUCGUGGUAUGUCUUAAAUUUCAUUCUUAAUAGUCUUUUUUAAAGGUCUUAAAAAGUCUUACAUUUGACUUUGUGAAACCUGCAGAAACCCUGUAAUGAUCACCUGGACUGCUGUGCAAAAUUCACUUUUACCCUGAAGUGGUCAUCCUUUUUUUUGUUUGGGGUUUUUUUUUUUUUUGUAAGAACCAGAACCAGUCACCUCAGGGAAAGAAUGGGUUCUGUUUUUAUAUAAAUAGCAUUGUAUUUGCUUUUAUGUGAUAUGGGAACUUUCCUGAACUUGGAAAAACUCAAGAGCAAGAUUUCUGUUUGUGUCAAUCGGUUUAUUCGCAGAUGUAGAGUUAUAGCGUUAUAUAAUUAACCCUUUAACCUCUGUUCAACCUCUCAGAUAUGACUGUAUUAUUACUUUUUUUUCACUUCACACUAAGGUUACCUGUCAAUCAAACUCAGUCCCUAAGAUCCAGCUAUUAAUAUUGGCUUAUGAAAGAAUAAGAGUAGAAAUAUAUCCAAGCACAGGUUUCAGGAUUGAUUUUAAAGACUUCUAAUUGCACCAUGUUUUCUACACAGAGUCAUGUUCUGGUCUAGAGGGGACUGAGAUCUCAAACAAAAUGGUGUCUCAUACAAAAACCUCACAUCUUAAAUUUAUGUGACGUGAUCCCUGGGGUCUGAUAGGUUGCCACUGAGACCAAAGUUCUAUCAAUUUUUUUAAUCUUAGACCAAUAUGACGUUUGUUUAAAAGGCACUAUCAAGAGGACAGCAAAUACAAACAUAGAGCGAAUCAUAAGAUAGACAUGCUAAAGGAUUGAAAUAUCAUUAGUAUUCAUGCAAAUAUGUUUAUUACGUGAGCCCAUUUUGUUCACAAGUCUGGAUCAUUUGAUUGAUGAACUAGGAUCUGACACGUUAUUGGUUAAUCUGUUAUAGAAAUCAGACUAGAUUGUACGGAAAAAGUAAUAAAAUACAAUCGCUAAUAUUCUGUAGCUAUCAACACUGUCUUUGUUUAUUUGUAAAUCAAAUAUGCACUAAUGUACACUCUGCAUUGAAGUGGGACUGUUGGCUACCAUAAACAAGGGUCUGCAAAUUCACUAGAUUUACCAGUGGUUUAGUAAAACAGUCAACUAAUCCCGCCCACUAUAGAUGAUUGACAGAUAAAACAGAAAAUAAAAACAGCUAAUAAUGGACUGAAAAGAAAUUAACUCCAUACGAGUAUUCAUUUAUGUAGGAUUUAAUUUUCAAAAGACGAACAUUAACGUAUUUUAUUAGCUGUAUCUAAUUUUCCGGAUUAAAAAAGAUUAAAAUGUGCAUUGCUGUCUCUUAGUGCACCUCCUCAUGCUGGCCAAAGGAGGCGCAGUUUAUCGACAUGAAGAAACUCUCGGCCAUCCCUUUCACUCAUGUACGGGACACUAUUUUUUGUUGCAUUUGUGUGUGUUUUAAUAAUCUUGAUUGUGUCACGUGUUUUAAAGUGUUUGUCAAGGGGCUGUGUGCACGUUUCAGUUAUUGUUGUGACCGAACCUGCAAUUAUUGUGAGCUGUGAAAGCAAUGCAUGAGUAUUGAAAAGAGUUUGGCAGGGCUACAAGCACAAAUAUAGCAGCCAUGUGCCGGCUACACCAGCUACAACCGAUACCGUGGCAUUUUACUUGUGAUGAAAAAUAUACGGAGAUGUAGAUAUAUAUUCAAAAAGAUAUAUUUGAGGUAAAAUCGCUAGCUAUUUUGGUGAACACUGUUAAAUGCUAUGAAGGUUUUAUAAAGUUGUUUAUACAAGUCUUGGUGUGUGUGGAGUCUUUUCCUAUGGGUUUUGUUUCAUACUAUGACUUUAUUUUUACAUAUAUACAGUACUGAACAUAGUCUUUCUUUACAUUUUAUGUUCUCACUUUUUUUUUUUUUUGUU